CAAGCCUUGGGCCAUUUGUCUGUGACCAGCCGCCUCUGCGAUGCUGCAGCAAUGAGCCUCAAACAGUCGCCGGCAGCUUCUUCUGCACUUUUUAUCUGCAGAGUUGCCCCGUGAAUCUGCCUGUACACUGGCGAACAAUUCUUCACCUUUGAAACAUUGCAGCUGCCUGAGAAUGUGUAGCCCUUUCCGUUGGUUGUGGGGGCGGGGGGUAACGUGGGAGUUGUGGUGAAGGUGGCGGUGCUAUGGGCUAUAUUUCCCCCCUUAAAUUGCCGAGUGAGUAAUUCGCUCUGGCGUCAUGUCAUUCCCUGCGGUUUGCUGGAUUGGGAUUGGAGCUUGUAGAGCUGGCGGGGAGGGUGGGGAAUAGACUGUUUGAAAGACUGGGAUAUUGUUAAUGCAGCGACACACAUUCGCGGCUCGCUCCACUCGGGUUAUUUGAAGUUGAAGUGAAAGGGAAUGGAUGUGACGUGACUGAGCUUGCUGGGUAUCAGGUUGUUCAUCAUUCAGCGGAACCUUUGUUACGAUGAGGUUUCUCUGGAGACCUGCCUCGGACUGAAGCUUUGGAAUCAGAGCACGAAACAAUGGACGAAUCCAUUUUGUUGGACCUGCUGGAGUGUCCCGUGUGCUUAGAGCGACUGGAUGCCACGGCCAAAGUGUUGCCGUGCCAGCACACGUUCUGCCGACGGUGCCUGCAGGGCAUCUUAAACUCCCGGAGCGAGCUGCGCUGCCCGGAGUGCCGAACUUUGGUGGACUGCAGCGUUGAUGAACUCCCCACCAACAUCUUGCUGGUCCGACUACUGGAUGGUAUCAAACACCGGCCGAGGAGGCCGGGUAGCAGCGGGGUCAACGGCAAUAACAACGUAAAUGGUACCACCAGGGUACAAAGCAACGGAGCUAUUUCUGUCCCCAACUGUGGCACCGCGUUACGGGAUCUUCAGAGCAUUCAUCGAGUGCAGGCACGUAGCCCCCCAGUCAGGGAUGAUAUCUUGACAGUGAUACGCCGAGUAGACGAAAACUGGGCUGAAGGAGUGUUGGGAGACAAGAUAGGAAUAUUCCCAAUUUCCUAUGUUGAGUUUAACUCAACAGCCAAACACCUGAUACAGCUGGAUAAACCUUCAACUUCCAAUUCUGGAGGUGGCGAUUCAGGCGAAGGCAGCAGCAGUACCUCAGUGGCUGUGCACAACAGUUCUGCUCAGAAACCCUUGGACAUCACAAAGAAGAACACCAAAAAACGACACUCGUUCACCUCACUAACAACGUCUAACAAAGCGUCUCAGUCAUCUCAAAACCGCCACUCCAUGGAGAUCAGUCCUCCCGUCCUGAUAAGCUCCAGUAACCCGACAGCCGCUGCACGCAUCACUGAAUUGGGUGGACUCUCCUGCAGCGCUCCUUCUCAGGUCCACAUUAGCACUACUGGUUUAAUAGUGACACCACCUCCCAGCAGUCCUGUGAAUACAGUAGCUCCGUGUGCCUUCCCUAUGGAGGGUACCUACUCUGCUCCUGGGGAGAAUCACCCACCGCUACCACCACCACCACCUUCGAAUGCCGUCGUUACCACCUCGGCAUCUACUGCUCCACGGCCAGCAUUGGCACCAGCAGACCAGGUGGCACAUCCAAGGCCUCAGGCACGGCCAAAUAUGUAUGUUGCUUUAUAUCCGUACACUCCCCGCAAAGAAGAUGAGCUUGAAUUGCGAAAGGGAGAGAUAUUUCUUGUGCUUGAACGCUGUCAAGAUGGAUGGUUCAAGGGAACAUCUAUGCACACAGGCAAAAUCGGUGUUUUUCCUGGGAACUAUAUGGCUCCUGUAACAAGGGCGCCCGCUGCUGCAGGGCAGUCAAAAUUGCCAGUAGUGGUGACAGCGCAAGUUGGCCGAGGAGUGACCACAGUGGUGCCUGUACCGGCAGUGACACCCCAGCCCAAAUCUCCCGGCAAUGGCGUAGACUUCAGCAGACCAGUCAGUCCGACCCCGCCGAUCCCCACCGCAGUGAUAUCAGUGGCCCAUGUACAGGCUACCAACCCACAGGCCAAGGUUCUGAUGCAUAUGGCUGGUCAGAUGACAGUUAACCAGGCUCGCAACGCUGUUCGGACGGCUGCUGCCCAGGGCCAGGAGAGACCGACUGCGGCAGUGACUCCAAUCCAGGCUCACAGCCCAGCUUCCCCCAGCCCUGCCGCCACAGUGGCUGCUCAGCAGGUCGGACCCUCGCAGCACCCGCAGCAGGCCGUCAGCCCUUUCUCCGUCGUCACCGCUCCUGCAGCAACGAGACCCACCGUCGCUCUGACCUCAGCAACUGCUGCUGUAACCCCUCCGAACAUCAGUGCCACCACUCUAGAGGGGGAUUCAUUGGGCAUUGCCACCACAUCUGCAACAGCCUCAACUAUUAAUAAAGUUGAAAAGGAGAGCAGAGAAAAGAAGGAGAAGAAAGGUUUCCUGAAACUCCUCUCGGGUGCGUCUACGAAGCGCAAGUCUCGGCCUUCGCCCCCAUCUUCUCCCACUUUAGAGUCUGAACAGGCAGCUUCUGAGACAUUGCUUCAGGGGGCUGUGGGUCCAGAAGUCUCUUCAAGUGUCAGCCACGGCAGAACUGGGUCCUGCCCUGUGGACACAGAGGCUCAAGGGACAGCGCUGGAAACGCUCCAUCGAAAAACAGCUUCUUUGGAUUCUGGUGUUCCCAUCGCUCCUCCUCCCAGGCAACCGUGUUCAUCCAUGGCUUCAGUUCAACUGGAAUCCAAAUCUAUACCAUGUGAAAGGUACAGAGUUGUUGUGUCUUAUCCACCACAGAGUGAGGCUGAGCUGGAACUAAAAGAUGGCGAUAUUGUAUUUGUGCACAAGAAACGAGAGGACGGCUGGUUCAAGGGUACCCUGCAGCGUAACGGGAAAACGGGCCUGUUCCCUGGCAGUUUCGUAGAGAGCAUCUGAGGACCCUUCAUAAAGCAUGCACACACAAUUCUCAACUGAGAGGUUUAUGAAGCACACACACAACAAUCUGAAGCACCGGCUAUUGUGCGGAAUAGCCCUAACAACAGCUGAAAUGGAGGUUUAAGAUAUCAAAAGGCAUCAGCUGUGUGGAUUUACAUUUGUUUUUGUUUGUUGAGUUUCCAGAGGCACAGCAGCAGCACAGUGAAUGUUCACCAGUGACACGACUCCUAGCGUGUACAGUUUGUGUGAUUAUUUACAAUUCACUCUGUGCCUUUCACUGUCAUUUGUUCUGUCAUCAGCUAAUGUUCAUCAUCUUCACUGAAACACAAACUCUUUGGCACCAUAAUGAAAUCAGCUGUUUACAAAGAGGCUGUAAUUAAGAGAAAACUUUGUAACUUAUUGGAUUAGAGAUUUUAAGUCCUUGAUUCUUCAUGUAAAGUGAAAGUUCUAUAAUGUCAAAUGUUGAAAAUUGUAUAAUUUAUAAGUGUUAUUAUCUGAGAGGGGAAGCUGGAUUCUCUCCUCAUGAUUCAUUUUGACAUGGUACCUCUUCUGUACACAGCUCUUUUAACUCCAUUACUGAUUGCUGGUUUAGUGACCUUAUAGAGAAUUGUAAUUGAGGACUUGUGCACGGUCUUGUAAUGUUGUACGGUGGUUGUCCAUGUUGCAGCCAGUGUAGGUAUGUUAUGGUGUUGACCUGUACUGUAUAUUGCAACGGUUUGGGAACUCAGUUUGUAGUUUUGUGUGGAGAGGCCACUGCGAAAGACAUGGCGUUAAGCAAACCUCAAGAAAGAAGCUGUGAAGUUGUAAUAUAAAACUGGAAAGCCGUUCAUGAAUGAGAGGAAGUCUCCACUCUGUAAUCAUCUGUUCUCAAUCCCUCCUGCCAUUCAUUUUAUUGUGAUCAAGGCCUGACUCUUUGUAGCUUGCACAGAGGAAGUGAAUGGGAUUGCCAAAAGACUGGCAGAGGUCCUUGUGACAACCUGCUUAGCCCAUGUGACAAUGAAAAUUGAUUUGCAAAAGACCUGGGCCUGCUGUCCCUGGUUCAUGGCUCCCAUGCACUGGUUCAAACUGUGCAUAUGCAAGCCUUAUCUUCCAAGUCACUGCUCUCAGCUAGCUAUCUAAGAGUUAACCUUAGGUCUGGAGAUCAGAAUUUUGUAUCGAUCCACAUGGUCAAGUGGUAAUGGUGCAGAACAAUUUUCCCUUCAAAGUUCUCUCAUCAUUGCAGUUUUCAGUUUCAAUGAUUCUGGGCCCAGUCUCCUCCCCACUAUCACCAGCCUUGUUCCCAGUGCUAUGCCUGAAUAUGUUAGAUCUGAGGUGUGCUACAGGCCAGAGCCAAUUGGUUCCAAUCAUUAAACCUACAGCACUACAAUGGCCAGCACCUUGCUAUAAUGGACACAGUGUCCUUGAAAAAUAACGAUGUGACCAACCUUUCUUUUAUGAUUCCUUUAGAGACAUACCCACAAAAAAUCUAUUUGUGUACUUGAAUGAAAUUAAAUGAGUAAUUGUCACAUACCUUAACCUGGAUUUUUCUCCUUGUAUGUCUGAAAAUUGUUGUAGUUGGAGAGACUGUGUGGAUAUUUGGCCUCUGCAGAUUGAAGCUGUAUCUUGAUAGAUUCUGGUGUUUUACAGAAUAACCUUAAAAUAUUACGCAGGAACAAUAAAUCAAAGCUAAAACCUGACCUGUAGGAAUUUGCAAACCUCAAAUGUGGACUUGAGUCUGUCUUGAAUGUCUAUCUCAUAAAUAAAGCACCACCCUCAGUAAGUA